GGCCCAAAGUACCUAGUGUGACCUGGUAAAGCAAAGAGUAAAGGAAAUUCCGCUUUUUAGCUCUCCCGUACCAAGUUCCGACCCUGCUACGAAGCAAUCGAAGAGAAAAUGCUUUCUUUUCCCCAUUCAAUUCACAGAUGCAGGAGCACAACAAAAUCUUCACCAUUAAAUUGGAAGAUUUCACAGUACAUUAAAUUCAUUUCUAAGUUUAAAGAGAUCUGUCAGGAAGAGACGAGCCAAAGCGAGAGGAUUUCCUUUAACAAGGUAAAUGGCGCGCGCAGCUUCCAGAUAUCCGUGCCCUUAAGUUGUGCUCUACCAUUGGAGCAGCUUAUGAAGGUUGAAGGAGCUGUAUAAGCCGUAGCAGUGGACGGAGAGCUAACAGUUGAAAAAGGAGCGACGACGGAAAAUCUGCCUCUCAGUGAAGUUGAGGGAUUCUAUUUUCUGCAAAUUUGCUUUUCAGCGAAGCUUUAAAUGUUUCGUAUUUGAUAAACUCAGCGGGAAUGUAUAUAGGUGCAGUGAAAUUUUAUCCAAUCUCUAGUGGAUAUAUAAUAAAACAUUAGUUCCAAGGAGAUCAGGGGCUUGUAGCUUGGAUCUUUGUGGAUUCUUCCUUGUAAUUAUAAAUGGGUUCCAAUCUACAUGAUGGAGAUAUUUUAAUUUCCAAACAUCCACUCGGACAGCCUGCUCUGGAGAAAAGGAUUAUGCACUACUCCAACUACCAUCAUAUUUUAUUAGUGGGGGAAGGAGAUUUUUCAUUUUCUUCGGCUUUGGCCAAAGCAUUUGGUUCUGCAGAAAACAUCGUUGCCACCUCUCUUGACAGCAGAGAGGAGGUCAUAAGUUCAUAUAAUUACGGCCAAAAUAACCUUCGGAGUUUGGAGAAGCGUAGAGCAAUGACAUUGCAUAGUGUUGAUGCAAAAACAAUGAAAAAGCAUGAGAUAUUAAGAGAGAUGUUGUUCGAUAGGAUUGUCUUUAACUUCCCUCAUGCAGGCUUCUUUGGGAAGGAAAAUGAUAACAAACUUAUCAAAAAGCACCGUCAUUUGUUGAAGAUGUUCUUCAAGAAUGGAAUGGCUAUGCUUAACAACAUGGGAGAAAUCCAUGUUACCCACAAAGAAAAAGAUCCAUAUGACAAGUGGAAACUUGUGGAACAAGCAGAAACAUGCGGUUUGCUUUUUAAAGAAUCCGUUGACUUUAACAAAGCAGAAUACCCUGGCUACACUAAUAGAAGAGGAGCGGGGCCUAAGAUUGGCAAUACUUUCCAUUUGGGAGAAUGUCGGACUUACAUGUUCAUCGUAAGGGAAUCCAUGACCACACCAUGUAUGUCACUUAAAAUUUCUUCGGAAGGUCAUCCAGAGAGCCUUAAAACGGCUUUUUUGGAGCUUGAAACAGAAAGACGAAACAGGAAGGCAGCGGAAACUGCAAAAGCGGAGUUGGAAUCUUCACUAGAUCACUUGAGGACAGUCACAAUUAAAACAUUGAAAGAAAACGAUGAACUCGCAAGGCAAAGAGAUGAAGCAUUGCGAGAAAAGACAAGUAUUACCAAAGAAUUGGAUGAAGCUUUGAGAUUGAAAGAAGAUGCAGCUAAUCAAAGAGAUGCGACUAUUUUGGAGCUUGGAAUUGAAAGGAAAGCCAGAAAGGAUGCUGAAUCUGCAAAAGCAAAUAUUGAGGGUUCACUUAACUACAACAAAGAGUCAGUAUAUGACUUUCAAAUCAAGAAAAUCAAUCAACUAGAGAGACAAAGAGAUGAUGCUCUUUAUCAAAAGGAAGCAGCCUGCAGGGAAAAGGAAAAGAUUGCCAGACAACUAAAUGAGGCCUCGAGAUUAAAAGGAGAAGCAAUUUAUGAAAAAGAAAAGAUUUUGAGGGAAUGCAAUGACCUUGCCAACCAAAAGGAUGAAAUUGUUUAUUGGGCUAUUGUUGCGUUCUGUGGCUUGGGUCUUUGCAAAAUUGUUUCUUCAAUGUACAGUCGGAAGAAGUAAGCAUAAAAGAAUAAGUUGUUCUAAUAACGAAGACUUCACAAACAAUGCAGUUUCUGUUUAUUGAUCUUAUAACUAUUAACUUCAGCAACUCGGGUUAUUUGCCAAUGACAUAUUCUUAGUUAAAGAUCACUGGAUUUUUAAGUUUCAGCUUAACUGUAAUAGCUUAUGUGAAAUAUAUGAGAAAUUUACCUAGUAAAUUCAGAAUU